UUUGAAUGCCAAGACGUUGGAAUCUGAAUGCUACGCCUAAAAUGAUUAUAGACCCAUUUUUCCAAUUGACUCAGAACCAUUACUUUAUAAAUCAGUUUCUCUGUUCAAGGGAUUAUAUUUCUCUGGCUCGGAACCUUUAGGUCUCUCUCUCUAAACUACUUUUCCAUGGCAACCUAGCGCCAUCAUGUUAGGCAGAAAUCAAGCUUCUUCCUCCUCCGCACCAGUUCAAAAAUGGAGGUAUGACGUGUUCGUAAGCUACAGAGGCGAAGACACCGGCAAGAACUUCACCGAUCACCUCUAUUCUGGACUGAACGGUGCCGGAAUCUAUACGUUCAGGGAUAAAAAUGAACUCAAAAGAGGGGAGAAAAUAUCAUCCAAGCUUUUGGAGGCAAUUCAUGGAUCCAAGAUUUUCUUGGUUGUUUUCUCCCAAAACUAUGCGACUUCGAGAUGGUGUUUGGAUGAACUUGUGGAGAUAAUGAAACGCAAAAAACAAUAUCCUCUGUUGGUAACUGUACUACCCAUAUUUUACAAAGUCAUUCCAUCAGAUGUGAGGAAACAAACUGGAAGCUUUGGGGAAGCAUUUGCGAAACAUGAAAAGGUGGACAUAAACAAGGUGUCGAGUUGGAGGGCAGCUUUGGCUGAUGCAGGGGAAUUAUCUGGGUGGGAUUUAGAUGCCACUGACGGGUAUGAAGGAGAGCUCAUCAAGAAAAUUAUUGAACAAAUUCUGAGUGUAUUGAAUCACACCUACUUACAUAUAGCCAACCACCUAGUUGGAAUCGAUGCUCGUAUGGAUUACAUAAAAUCUCUGUUGAGUGUCAAAACUCCUGAUGUCCUCACAGUGGGUAUAUAUGGGAUGGGCGGAAUAGGGAAGACAACUCUCGCAAAAGCUGUUUUUAACCAUUUCUUCCAUAGUUUUGAAAGCAAAAGUUUUCUGGCAAACGUCAGAGAGAAUUCAAUGCAGAAUGAAAAAAUCAUUCAUUUGCAAGAGCAGUUUCUUUCUGAAAUACUACAGAUAGAUGCCAGAAAAGUGCGCAAUGUUGAUCAAGGAAUCAACGUGAUAGAAGAUAGGUUGUGCAAUAGAAGGGUUCUUGUUGUUCUUGAUGAUGUGGAUCAACUAGAACAACUAAAUGCAUUCAGGUGCCAAUCAGACAGUGUCAGAAAAAAAUACUUUGGUCCCGGAAGUAGAAUCAUCAUAACAACGAGGCACCUGCAUUUGCUAGAACGCAUUGAGGUAAGCAGCAAGUAUAUGGUUAAGGAAUUGAAUGCCGAUGAAUCCCUUAAGCUCUUUAGUUUGCAUGCCUUCAAGAGAACUGGUCCUUUGGAAUGUUAUGUUCAGCUCUCAAAAGAUGUAGUAGGUUACUGCAAUGGAUUGCCCUUAGCCCUUGAAGUUUUGGGUUCAUAUCUAAGAGAGUUCAAAAGCAUAGCUGAAUGGGAAAAUACUUUGGAGAAAUUUAGAAAAAACCCUCAUGCUAAAAUUCAAGAGAAGCUUAAAAUCAGCUUUGAUGCACUGGAUGAUCAUGAAAAACAGAUAUUCCUUGAUAUUGCAUGUUUCUUUAUUGGAAUGGAAGCAUACAAUGUCUCAAGAAUACUUGAUGCGUGUGGUUUUUACGCAACAAGCGGUAUUGGUGUCCUCACUCGUAGAUGCCUUUUAACAAUAAACGAAGGCAAGCUUAUGAUGCAUGAUCUGCUGAGAGACAUGGGAAGGAAAAUUGAUUGCAAAAGAUCUGUUGACAAUCCUGGACAACGUAGGAGAUUGUGGCAUUGGGAAGAUGCUCUUGAAGCUGUAACAAAUUGCAAGGGAACAGACCAAGUUGAAGGCCUCGCCUUAAAUAUGGAUGGACCAAAUAAAGUUGUUUUGAGGGGUGAAGCGUUUGCGGGGAUGCACAAACUAAGAUUGCUACAACUGAAGAAUGUAAACAUCACUGGAGGCUAUGAACAUCUUCCUAAAAAUUUGAGAUGGCUAUGCUGGCAUGGAUUCCCUCUAAAUUCUAUACCAAGUAACUUGUAUCAAGAGAAAUUAAUUGCUAUUGACAUGCAACAUAGCAACCUAAGACAAUUUUGGAAGGAAAAGAAGGUUUUUGGAAAGUUGAAAAUACUUGAUAUAAGUCAUUCCCAUUUUCUGACCAGAAUCACUACCGACUUCUCAACACUCCCAAACCUUGAGAAAGUAACACUUGAAGAUUGUAGAUGUUUGAAAACGAUUGACGAAUCCAUUGGAAGUCUAGAUAAACUCAGGUCCCUAAACCUGAAAGAUUGUGCAAACCUUAGGAAUCUCCCAAGGAGCAUCUGUAUGUUGAAAUCUCUUGAACGUCUUCGGCUCUCUGGAUGCCUGAAAAUUGACAAAUUGCCUGAGGAGAUUGGGGAAAUCGAAUCGUUAGUUUUGCUUUCUGCUUCCCGAACUGCUAUAAGACGACUACCAGUUUCCAUAGUGCGGGUAAAGAACUUUCGGUAUUUGGCUCUAUCUGGUAGUAAAGGAUCACCAUCCAUGCCCAUGUCAUUGCUGAAUUCGUUGUUGGGGUUAACCUCUCUAACGAGAUUGAGGCUCCAUAAUGUAUCAACGGUUCUGAACGACAUCGGGAGUUUAUCCUCGUUAAAAUAUUUGGAAUUUUUUCACAGCGGUUUGUACAGUCUACCAGCUAGUAUCAAGAGUCUUUGUAAGCUUGAAGUCCUCAUUUUGCGCCAUUGUAGAAACCUUAGAUCACUUCCAGACCUUCCAUCAAGUUUGACAAUUCUAUUUGCUUCAAAUUCAUCAUUCGAAAGAUUUCCGGAUCUAUCAAACUUCUCACACCCCCCAUUGAUGUUUCUAUGGAAUUGCAGCAAACUAGUUGAGUUCCCUUGGACGGAGAAUGUACUGCAGAAAUGGUAUGGAAGAUAUGGAGGUACUAGAGUCGAUGACAUUACAUUCUCCUGCUCUGAAAUUCCGGAUUGGUUCAGUAAUCAGAGGUCAGGUAAUGUACUGUCAAUUCAAGUGCCUCAAAAUAUGAGUAUGAUGAAAGGCUUCGUUUUAAUUGUUAUAUAUGCAGCACGUGAUUUCAAAUUUGCCAACAGUACAGCAAAAUAUAUUGUUAGUGUUACCAAUGUAACCAAGGAUUUUUGUGCUCCAUGUGUCCGUUAUCCGAUUUAUGGUGUAUUACCAAUCCCACAUGACUACCUAACGUUGAGCUAUGUACCCCUUGAAAAAUUUGAGGUGAAUGGUGGAGACGAAGUGGAAAUUGAAAUAGAUGCAGGUUGUGAGUUGAUUGUGAACAAGUGUGGAGUCAUCCCGGUGUAUAUUGAAGCUAAGAAGCGUACCAAAAUGGACACUGAAGAUGAUGAGACAGGACUCGGCCAUGCAGGGGAGAAGGGUAAACAAAAAUGUCACGAUGCAGUAGCAGGACCAAGCCAUUACUGGUCUUAUGAGGAGGACACUCUUUCCACAUAUGAAAUGGUGGUGGUUCCUCGAUUUACAGAACAGAGGAGAUUUCAGUGUUUGAGAGAUUUCAGCGUAGGAGAUUUUUGAUGUGUUUACUGAAUUUGCAUGCAGAACUCCUCUAUGAUUUCCAUGAGCUAUGUCAGCAUUUAAAUAUUGAUUUGUAAA